AUGAAUUUUAUUAAGAACCGGUUGGAGCGUCGGCCGGAUCCACUUCCGAAGCCACAAGUGUUUCGUCACAUUCAACCGACUUCCAGUCGGGGAACGACACGAAGCAUUCAUGACAGUUUGAAUGAAACGCUGGCGGCCGGUGAGCCGUAUGUUGUGUGCGCCAUUGCGGAAGGUCGUGGCCAUGCCGUGCUGGAGGUAGGACUGGCCGCAAUUGAUGUAUCAGCGCCGGUGCUGCGGAUGACCCAGUUUAGUGACAACUUUUGGUACUCGAACGUACUAACUUCGCUGAAGGCACUGGAUCCGGCUGUGAUCUAUUUCAGCGAGCAUUCGCUGAACAGUCAAUCAUCGACCUUGCCGGGCGUCAUACGAGGUCACAUGCCAGCAGUUCAGAUCGUUCCACUUGCCAGACACUUUUUCAACGAUGUUAAUGCCAAAAAGUACAUGGAAGACUUUUGCAGUUCGAGUUAUCGGCUGUUGAAGGAUUCGAUUAUUUCCAAGUACUACGGACUGGCGGCAAUCGGGGCCCUUCUGAGGCACUGCUUCGAGAGUAACAUACUGCGAAUUGCUUCGAAAUCUUUGCAGUUUCGGUACCUAAACAAGCAGAAUACUCUGGCAAUCGACAUUGAAUGUGUUGGGCAUCUGGAGUUGAUCUAUUCGCUGCAGAAGGUGACUGACAAGCACUCGCUGUAUUGGCUGUUGAACCACUGUAUUACCGGUGUUGGAAAGAGACACUUGCGAGCCAAUCUGCUGGAACCCAGCUGCUGUCAACGCAAGCUGGAAGCUCGGUUGGAAGGCGUAGCGGAGCUACUCGCAAAAGCCGAUAUUUUGUGUGGUGUUCAAAGAAUUCUUCGAGAUCUGGUGGAUAUUGGAGGACUCAUGAGACUCUCGGUUGAUGUGGAUGUCUUGAAAACUACCAAACAGAAUACGAUACAUGUUCUUAAUCAAGCCUGUACUUUACGCAGCGCUUUGCGCUGUGUUCCGGAAUUGAACUUAUUACUGACGCCAACUGAAUCCACGGUUCUAAAAGUAAUCAGGCAGGCGUUAAGUAGUCCAGUUUAUCAAUUACUUUCGAACAAAAUUGGUACGGUCUUAACUUCGGGCGAAAGUGUUUCGUCAACCGCAGACUGUCACCGUCUAUUUCUGGUGAAAUCCGGGGUUUGCUCAACGCUGGAUGUACUUCGAGGACUGUACUCGGAAAUGAUCGACGAGAUUCGUGAAUACAUUGCCGUAUUGUCUCGAGAUUACAGCAUUCCCCUGAAAAUGUCCUACAGCCGAUCGCACGGCUUUCACAUUCAAACCAAUCUGAAGCAGAAUGGAAAUGCACCUCCUCCGAACACUUUUCGUGUUCUGAAUCGAGCCGGUCAACGUUUUAGCUUAACUACCGGACAUCUUCAGGUGUUGAACGAACGAGUUAAUGGAAUUAUUGGAGAAAUUGAGACCGUCAGCUAUGUCACCAUCAAAGAACUGAUCGAAGAAAUCCGGCUGGAAGUGGACCACGUUUACAUACUCGUAGCACACGUAACCGACCUGGAUUUGCUGCAAGCGCUGACUGUCGUCAGCCAGACCAACAACUAUUGCCGUCCCACCUUCGGAAGAUCAACUAAGGUGGUAGCCGCACGCCACCCGUUGCUCGAAGCGUACGGCGAGAACGAAAAAGUUAUCAAAAACAACAUCAUAGCAACCCCGGAAUACAACGUAUUCAUCGUAACCGGACCGAACAUGAGCGGCAAGACGGUCUACAUGAAGACGAUCUGCCUGCUGCAGAUUAUGGCCCAGCUGGGUAGCUACGUUCCGGCGACCCGGGCCGAGCUGCGCAUUGCCGACCGGUUGAUGGCCAUUUUCGGCGCAGCCGAAAAUGUCGAACAAGAUGCAUCCAACUCGUUGCGGAUGUCACGAAAACUGGAGAUCAUCGGCGAAAGUUUAACCGUGAACAGUUUGGUAGUGAUCGACGAGUUAUUUGGGGACACUCCGUGUCCCAGCACGGCUAGUCCUCGCUGGAAACUGCUGGAACGGGUUGUUACGUUUAUCGAUUUUCAACCCACGGCUGAUUGCAAAAGUUUAGCUGCCAUUGGGCGACCCUUCGUUUACCUCACCACUCACUGUCAUGACUUGCUGCGAUCGCUGGAUCGAUUUCACAAUGUGUCACAGCUCUGUAUGCAAACGGAAGCGUUACAGGUGGACGGCGUCAGCCGUUUGCGCUAUAAAUACACGGUAAGUGAGGGUAAAACGGCGGAGAAGAACUACGGCAUUUCGUUGGCUAGAUGCGUUCGCAUGCCGGAAAGUGUGAUUCUGCGAGCGGAGGAGAUCAACAAGCGCUUAAGCGCUGAAUUCGCGUCACACAACACGACUACGUUGAACAGCACCUUAUCGACAGAAGCCAAUCGAACCCUUUUUGAUAAACGCCUUUACGAAUUGUAUGCCCAGGUGGCGUCGGUACUUCCAACUGCCGUUGACGGAACCUACGUCGAUGAUGAACGUUUGGGCGAACAAUUGGAGCAACUGUUGGGUGAAUUUGCGAGUUCACUGUCGCCGGAUGUUGUUCGCUUCCUGAAGGAAACUCCGUUGGAGAUGUUACUUCGGCAGAACGAUCAGACGAUGCAGUGGAGUAACUCCACGAUGCCCAACACACCGAGCGAAACGAGUGACAACCGAGCAACUAUGGGAAGUGAGCAUUUCACGGUUAAUGAAACUGAGUUUUCGAGUCAGGAAAGUUCAGACGUGUAA